AUGGAUGGGAGAAUGCUUGAUGCGCAUACAGACACUCGCGACGUUUGGGACUUUCCGUGGGAUGCACUGAUCUGUAAUGAAGACGAAGACGCGAAGACGCCUAGCGGUAAAGAUUGGGAGUAUUUGAUACCAGGAUUUGAUGACAUCACCGACAACGAUCUAUCACAAUACCUGAUUGACUCUGAAGAAACUCCAUACUUGGACCUUAAGACAUCUAUUCAGACUUCUCAGGCUCCUGAUGACACUUCGUGGCGGCUGAAAAAAAGACGUGCGCUGUUCAGUGAGCAGGGUUCUGUAAACUCGCUCGGCACUGAAACCACGUAUCAGUCAUGGGACUCGGGAUCCUCCACGGGUCCUGAUCCCAAUUCAUCUCAGUAUAUGCCCGAUCCAGCCGUCUGGCCGCUGUUGGCCACAUCAGAGACCCUGUCGUACAUUGCCCCUGCCUGCCGUAUCCUGCGUGAAUCAUACUGUGAGAGAGGAUGGACUAAUAGCGUCCUUCGCUGUGAUGAUUUUGCAGAUGUGGAAUUUUAUAAUUGGAUCGGAGAUACUCUGCCGGAGGGCCCACCAUAUGGAAAGAUGGUCGGCUCAGAUAUGGCAUCGUAUGACUUACCCACUUCACAUGUAUCCACGGUGAGUUUACAACAUCAGAUCACAGAAGUAAACUAUGAAAAGUCUCUUGUUACUGUGAGUCCAAAGACCCCGGUUCCUUGUCUUAAGGGAACUUCCACCGCCGAGGCACAACAAGCUGAGAAGAGCAGACAGCACAUCACAUCAUCUUAUAAGAGCACCUCAGCAUCGACUAUCUACUGUCAGCCGUUUUCAAUACUGAAGCCAGAAGGCUACAGUCUGCAGAAAAUCAACCAGACGUUGAAAAAGACACCGCCGCAAUCUGGACAGAGUCAACCAUCGGGAGCCGAGUAUGAUCCACAAUAUUCUUUAGGUCGAGAACCUGGAACCAGUAUAUCCGGGAAGCCAGUUUUAGCAUAUACUAAACUAGUCACUGAAGGUCAGGGAACGCUCACAAUUCUGAGAACUGCAAACAAGUGA